CGCAGGCCCCGCCUGCCCGCCAGGCCCGGCCCCGGAAAGCCGGGGCGAGCCGAGCCGUGCCGAGCCGAGCCGGGCCGGGCGCUGCGGGGCUAUGCGGGACUACGAGGAGCUGAGCGCCUUCCUGGGCGAGUGGGGCCCGUUCCAGCGCCUCGUCUUCUUCCUGCUCAGCGCCAGCAUCGUCCCCAACGGCUUCAGCGGCAUCUCCAUCGUCUUCCUGGCCGGCGUGCCCGAGCACCGCUGCGCGCUGCCGCCCGGCGCCAACCUGAGCAGUGCCUGGGCCGACGCCAGCCUCCCCCGCGAGCAGCGCGGCGGCCGCGACGUGCCCAGCCGCUGCCGCCGCUACCGCCUGGCCGAGCUGGCCAACUUCUCGGCGCAGGGGCUGCGGCCCGGCACCGACGUGGACCUGGCCCGCCUGCCGCAGGAGCGCUGCCUGGACGGCUGGGAGUACAGCCGGGACGUCUACCACCACACCAUCGUCACGCAGUGGAAUCUGGUGUGCGAUGAUGACUGGAAAGCUCCUUUAACUACCUCCUUGUUUUUUGUGGGCGUGCUAGUCGGAUCUUUUGUAUCAGGACAGCUCUCAGACAAGUUUGGCAGGAAGAAUGUUCUGUUUGUGACCAUGGGGGUGCAAACUGGCUUCAGCUUUCUGCAAGUUUUCUCCAUCAACUGGGAGAUGUUUUCAGUGCUCUUUGUCCUCGUCGGCAUGGGACAGAUCUCUAACUAUGUGGCGGCUUUUGUGCUUGGCACGGAAAUUCUUGGCAAAUCAGUUCGCAUAAUAUACUGCACAUUAGGUGUUUGCAUAUUUUAUGCAUUUGGCUACAUGUUGCUGCCGCUGUUUGCUUACUUCAUCAGAGACUGGCGUACACUGCUUCUGGCUCUUACUUUACCUGGGCUGCUCUGCAUUCCUCUGUGGUGGGUCAUCCCAGAAUCCCCCCGGUGGCUAAUCUCCCAAGGAAGAUUUCAAGAGGCAGAAAUGAUCCUCCGUAAAGCUGCAAAAAUUAAUCGGAUUACAGCUCCCGAUGUAAUAUUUGACCCUAUGGAGAUGCAAGACUUGGAUUCCCAGGUGCAGCAAACGUACAGCUUUUUGGACCUAUUGAGGACCCGAAAUAUCCGAUCUAUCACUAUUAUGUCGGUGAUUCUUUGGAUGAUAAUCUCUGUCGGCUAUUUUGGUCUCUCGCUUGACACUCCUAACCUGCAUGGAGAUGCCUAUUUAAACUGUUUCCUUUCGGCGGUUACUGAAGUUCCAGCCUAUGUUAUUUCCUGGCUUCUUCUCCGAAAUCUCCCCCGACGGUAUUCAAUAUCAGCUGCGUUGUUCUUGGGAGGCUGUGUUCUUCUCUUCAUUCAGCUGGUGCCUGCAUCUCUUCAGAUCAUGUCCAUUAUCCUGGUCAUGUUUGGGAAAUUUGGAAUCACGUCUGCCUUUUCAAUGGUUUAUGUGUACACUGCUGAGCUCUACCCAACAGUUGUGAGGAAUAUGGGAGUUGGAGCAAGUUCCAUGGCCUCCAGGUUGGGCAGCAUCCUCUCGCCAUACUUUGUGUACCUUGGUGCUUAUGACAGAUUCCUGCCAUACAUCCUGAUGGGAAGCCUGACUGUGCUGACAGGAAUCCUUACUCUCUUUCUCCCAGAAAGUUAUGGUAUUCCUCUUCCAGACACCAUUGAGCAGAUGCUGCUGGUUAAAGGAAUCAAAUACAGACAUUCAUCUAGUAGUCCAAGGGUUUCAAAGGAUGAAGAAGAAAGUCCCGUGAUUCUUAAAAGCACAGCUGUUUGAUGCAUCUACACUGCAUACUUCAUGAUAGACUGAAAAGUAGAGAGACUUUUCUUUAAUUUUUCUACCAGAAAGUGCUAGUGGCAACAUUUAAUUUCCUGUAAUUAUAAACUUAUUUAUUAAACACAGUUUUCAGUAGGUUCCAUUUUAUAUGAACACAAAUACUGUAGGUCCCUCCCUGAAAUCUCCAUCAGCAUUUGUUUAAUAUAUCAGUUACACCGAGCACUAUGGGAUCGACAGAGUCAGAGUCUGCAUCUUCAGAUAACGAGGAAACUCUGUGUACAAAGGUGCUUGAAGAUGAGGUCUGGAGUGACUUCAGUCCUUAGGGAACCUUCACACAACAUACUGCAUAUCAGCAAGAGUUAAAACUUGCCAACUCUUACUAAUUAGUAACAAAAGAUGCCAAAAGACUGCCAGUGAUUGCUUGACAGACAGACACCAUCAUUCCAGAGCAAAAAGCUUAUUUAAAGGAUAAAGGUUGCAAAAACAUUUGGUUUGGCAGUUUUAUAAUGGCAUACAUUUUCACAGAGGAUGCUAUGUCCAUGACACAUUUCUGAACAAAUUCAGGCAUGGAAAAAAAGGAAAACGCUGAGAAACAAAUUUGAAAACUGUGUUUUAUCUUAGCUGGAAUGCAUUUUCUAAUGCAAAGAGUUUGCACUAGUUACAUUUUGGUAGCACACUGCAUGUCAGAUACCUUUUUAACAUGGCCACAGGGUGAAUUUGUUUACACCUGAUAUUGGCAUGUGGUUUUUUUUUUUUUCCAGAUUCAUACAUUUAUUUUAAACAAUGCAAAUAGGUUUUAUCUUUUUUUGUUGUUUUUUUUACUUCUAGGAUACAUUACAAGCUAAUCCUUUAAGUUGGUCUUAAAUCCUUAGUGCAAUUCGUUUUAGGGAGCAAACAAAUGUCUGUUUUCAUGAGAUUUUUUUAUUUCCCUUUUGUCAUUUUUUCCAUUUGAUGGCUAAAUUUGUCUCCUUUACAUCUAUGUGGCUACAUUGACUUGAAGGCAGUGGAACUGCAUGGGUGUUACUGAGAGUAAAAUGUAGCCUCUUGUGCUUGACCCUAGGUGCCAAUAGCAUCAUUUUAUGUGAACUUGUUUUCUUAUAAAUAUCAUGAAAUCCAUGACAUUUAAAUAAAAGUGCAAAAAAACAAGAAAUCAUGAUGAAAAUAAUACCAAGAAACAGUUCUUUUUAUCACAGAAGCGUCUAGGUAUUAAUUGUAUUUCUUUCAGGAAAUUUUUUCUUUGUGUCUCAUUUUGCACAAUUCUGAAGGUGCAGUAUUUUUGGCUGGAAAAGUUUGAGAUGAAUCUAUUGGGGACAUUCUGUGGUACUUUUUAUGGUUUAGUAAAUAGAAUCUAACCUUUUUAUAAUCAAAGCUAGUAAUGCCGUUUACAAACAUUUUAUGUUUUACUACUGGUUUUUUUUUCCAUUUUUUUUAAAUUUAGCUUUUGCUAAACAUUUCGAUAACCAGGAUUUCUUGCUCCUUUACCUGGUGAUCAUGCUGUAGCAGCAGUUUUGGUGCGCUACUUCCUGCCUUAUAGGAGAAUGUGUAGACCCUCCCCUUUUGUCUCACUUUCUCACAUGCACAUGUAUAUACUGUAAGCAGUUGGAUUUGUCUAGUUCCUCCUGUCUGUACCUGUAAACGUGUAGCCAGAAGUUGGCCAGUGUUAAUGUAUCAUAGAUGAGACUAUUUCUGUGCCCUUGAGGCUAGAUUAUGUUGCAUUGUGUGGGUCUUUGGAGGGUGGGGCAAGAAUCUAAAUGUUUCCAUGUGCUGUAACCAGUUAGAUGCAGCUGAUUCAGAGGUCUGCUAUUUUCUUGACAGUGGUGCAUUCCUGGCAAUUGCAUUUUAUAGCAUGCUGUAUGACUUGAAGCUAGUGCACAAUGUGGUCAACCUAAAGUGAACGUUUUAAAGCCUCACUCCAGAUUACACAACGGCCUCAGCAUGGCAAAUCUGCGUAACAGGACCAUGCAUGAAACCAUGAGUCCCCCUUAAUAUGGGCCUUGUUUAAUAAAAACCUUUGAAAUAUUCUAAAGCUUGCUCUUGCAUGGUAUAAUUUGCCAUUUCUGUGCCUAUUUUAUGCAUUCAUUAUAAACCAGUCAAAUCUAAUCUCAAUGAUAUCCUAAAAGUUAGUGGAAAUAUGUGUUGUUAAAUAAAAAAAAAUUAUCCAUUCUAAACUGACAUGGGCUGCAGCAUAUGAAAGCAUACUUUUUCCUGUACUUUACAGCAAAAGGCUGGUAGCCACAAGAGUUUGAAGUGAAAAACAUCAGUUGUGGGUUCUCAAUAAUGACUCUACUUAUAUAACUGGCUUACUGUAUUCCUAUAAUCUCUUCCUGAGCGUGAGGUUGUUGGGCAUUGCUUCAAAAGAGGUCUUAAUGCACAUGUUCUUGCAGCUGAUGCAUAUUCUAAAAUUAGAACCAAUUCUUGGCCAAGAUCUAACACAUUAUUAACACUUUAUUUACCACUUGCUUUUCCCACUGAUUUAUUCUAUUUUGUUACUUGAAGACAAUUUUCUUUCUUGAAAUUUUUUUAAUGCUCCACAGUUCAUUAAGCAAUCUUAAGAACAUUGACUGAACCAGCUGACUUGAAAAAUCUCACAAUUCUGCUGCCAGUGCAGAUAUGUCAAACCAGUAAUGUGCCUUUCUGAUGUCAAAACAUGCCUCUUUCUCCCUGCUGGUCUUCUAAAAAAUGGAAAACCUUCCUUUGUGCCUCUGUUAGGUGCAUGGGUAUUUAAUAUUGGGUGUUAGUGUGGGAGUUCUGCGUUAUUAUACUGUCAAAAUCCGUAGGUCCUCUAGGUUACAUGUAAGAGGAUGCACCAAUUUUAGAGGAUACGAACUCAAAAUCUAACCAAGGCAUUCCCUCCUAAACUGUUGUCAAUGAGAUCAGUGAGAAGUCAAUAAUGUUUAGUGGGGGACUAAGCCCAGCUGUAGAUGUAUGCAGGAUGUUCUGAUAGCAUCCCAUUGUAUCUAACCUUUGAACAUGAAGUGUUCAGAAUGAAUCUUUCAGACCUAAAGUACUGUAUAUCAGGACACAAUCUCAAUCAUGGUCUUUUAAAGACAUGGUUUGCCUUUCACCUUGUUUUAGAUGGUGAAAGGAAUAGGAUCGUUGAUUGGGGCCAUUAUGUUGAUUGGGAUAGGAUCUUCUGACUCUUGACGAAUCCAAACUUCUUGGAAAUGCUCCAUUCUUUCUUUCCUCCUUUUUAUGUGAAUCAUCCUCUAAACUAGAGAGACUCCUCUGGGCAUAACAUAAAAACAUCUUAAGGCACAGGGUUGAGUUCCAUGGUGGAGCCAUCCAGAAGUACUGUAUACUCCAAUCUGCUAUUAUUGUAAAGACUUCAAAAAUAGUACCACUUCAAAUGCUGAUAGUUAGCUCAAUGAACAGAAGAAAAACUGUAUGGAAUAUACAUGCAUUGAUAGGAAGAUUUUCAGCAUGCAGUACUAAAAAUCUUGUUCUAUCACACUUAUAAUUCAUAUGAAGUAGUCUUGAGCUAGUCCUUUUGUUCUCAAAGAAUUAAUAAAAUGCUCUUUAGAAAGUGGCAGAAGCUGGCCUUGAGUUAAAGGGUUGUUCAGUUCCUUGUAAUGCCCAUCCAGGAUUAGAAUACGACAUGAAUUCAGGUUGCUUUGAAUUCACCAGAACUGGAAAAUUUAGAGUGGUCCAUACUCUAACUCAUCUUCUAGGAUUUGUUGACUUCACGGUAUGUAAACUCACUCCCUGACCAUGUAGAUUAUAUGGUUAUCUGUCAUAACAGAAAGACACAUGUCCUAAUGAUCCUUAGAAAAGAAGCCAGAAAAUUCUGAGUUCAAAUCCUAGCUCUUGGACUGAUUUCCUUUGUCACGCUGAACAAAGCACUUAACCUCAAUAACGCAGUGACCCUGUUCGUAAAAAGGAGAUAAUACCACCUUAUGAGGGUUUUAUAAGUGUCUGUGAAGACCUACAUACAUGCUUAGCAGGAUUAUCUGUAGUUUGAAACCAUUAGUUAGAAUUUGUUGUUUACUUUUGAAUGUAACAUUUAUUAUAUAACUCUAAUACUUCUUCCUUCUGUAGCAGGUGAGCCUGGAGCACAUGUGGCAUUUAAUUUGUUUGUAAAUGCACUGUUUUGUAUUCCCAAGACAGGCAAAGAAAGGCCCAGAGUGGUGGUGACUUGUUGCUGGGCACAGCAAAGGUCUGUAACAUUGUCAGGUAUAAAACUGGGGCUUUUGAUUCCCAGUCUUAAGCUUUAAGUCACUUAAUCCUUUGGUGCUACAGAAAACAGCGCUUUCAUGCAUGCUGCCUUUUCACAUGCAGGCAACACUGAAAAUUGCAAAUUCUUAUUCAUCCAAAUGUUUGGGGAAAACAUUUUUCUUCCAGAGGUUUUAAUUACUUCAGGAGAUCUGCUGUAACAGUACUAGAUCUAGUAUAACUGCACUACCAUGUGGCUGGCAUCUUGGAAGCUGCUAGUGAUUACUGUCUUAGGCACCUGGCUGGACAAUACAGCUGUGCCCUUUUAUGUUGUUACCCACAGUGGCUUGUUCAUUGCCUUCCAUGGCCCUAAACUUGCAAACGUCUAAGUAGAUGCGUAAGUUUAUUCACUGGAGUGGUCCCCUUUGAACUGGUGGGCUGAAUCUUGUGAAUGAAGUUACUGGCAUGCUUGAGGAGUGGGCCAUAAACUUGGACAGCUUAGACAUAGUCCUUAACUUGAAUAAAAUGAUUUUAUCACACUAUAUGACUUCAUAGUGCCUUGCUUGCAAAUGCAACUUGAAACACUGAUAUGCCACUGUUGCCUACAGCUUUGUGUGUGUGUGUGUAUAUAUAUAUAUAUAGAAAGCCAAAUAUUUUUAAACAUCAAAGACCCAUUUCUUCUAUGAAUGUAAAUAUUCUGAAAUGUAACAAAGUUGAUUUCAAGUAGUUGAUUCUUGAUGUACUUUCCUAUAAAGACUAUGAUACUGUUUGUAAAAUACUGAAUAAAAUCAUUUUGAAGACAA